CGCUGUCCGCACCAAGAUUCUCCUUGUCUUUGUCUCGAUCGUUUAGCAGUCUUGUUCUCACAUCUCCUCACAACCCAUACCAAUCCUCUAACAGAAAGAAAAACAAGAUGAAGUUCCAAACCUCUGUUCUUUCCGUCCUUGCUUUCUCCGGAUACGCAUCGGCUUUCAGCCCUGCCCCUAGAGGAGCCCUCUCCACCGCUCUUGCUGCCUACGGCCUUGAAACCAAAGGAGAAGCUGGUACCGAAUCUUUCCGACUGGGAUUCACCGAGUCCGAUAAGGCCAUCUCCCCAUGGCACGACAUCCCUCUUAAGGGAGAAACCGAGGGAACCUACAACAUGGUUGUUGAGAUCCCCAAGAUGACCAAGGCCAAAAUGGAGGUUGCCACCAAGGAAGAAUCCAACCCCAUCGCCCAGGACAUCAAGAAGGGAGUCCUUCGUGAUUACCACGGACCUAUCUUCUGGAACUACGGUACGUGUUUUUCCUUUGAUUGCGACCAAUGUAACGAAAUCGAGAAAACAAACAUGCGGUGAAAAUCCUGCAGUUUUUUUGGUCGCAAACUCAUGAAAAUCUUUCUGUUGUUUGUGCGACCAAUGCUUCGAUCGAUUUUACAUUUUUUUUACGAAACAGGAUGCCUUCCCCAGACAUGGGAAGAUCCCAACGUCGAACACCCCGAACUCAAGUGCUUCGGUGAUGACGAUCCUAUCGAUGUUGUCGAAAUCGGAGGAUCUGCCCUCGCAAUGGGAACCGUGAAGGAAGUCAAGCCCCUUGGUGUCUUGGCCAUGAUCGAUGAUGGUGAAUUGGACUGGAAGGUUGUUGCCGUUGCUAUUGAUGAUCCUCUUGCCGAAGAAUACAAUGACAUCGAUGAUGUUCCUGCUGCCGUCAAGGACGGAAUCCGCGAAUGGUUCCGAUGGUACAAGACCCCUGAUGACAAGCCUCUCAACUCCUUCGGAUUCGACGAAAAGUUCUUGGAUGUUGCUUACACAAAGGAAGUUAUCGAAGAGACCAAUGCCGCAUGGAAGAAGUUGAAGGAAGACGGAAGUGAGAAGUUGUGGUUGAACUAAGUGCUAGAGUAGACCACAAAUAAAUAUUUUAAUGACCU